AUGUCGUUUAUCUUCUUGGCUUUGUUAGUAGCCUUGCUUCUCAGUGAUGUUGAAGCCGGGAACUCGACGUUCCCUGCCACCGUGGAAGUCGAUCUUGUGUUCCCGCGCAACGAUACUUACGCACCAGACCCUCUCCUACCGAUUGUUUUCGCUAUACAAGACAGUCAAUAUGCGCCAUACAUCAACCCUUCUAUCCAGUUCUCCAUCACGAGUGACACCAACGUCUCUGACGAGAUUUUCACUUCGUUCAUGGAUUUCUCCUCCACAAACUUCUCAAGCAGUGACCCAUACUUUGGCUGGGCCGCUAUUUCCAAACUAAAUGGCAUUAAUGGCCGAUGGCGGCUCGCCUGGUCCUUGUUUACGAAUAACUGUUCAACGUACCCAGAGGCAGUCUCACCCAACAGUACCAGUCAAAGCAAUGAAAAUAGGAUCGUCUUCACGAAUAGCAUCGUUUUCACGACCCGAAACGGCACGCAACAGCCCGAUCUCGUCGCUGCUUCAGCCAGUAGCGUCUGCGCGGGUACCAAGGAGAGCUUUACUUUCAAUGUGACGGGGACAGUGGAUGUUUGGAAUACGGAAAACCUAGACGGUCAAAAUUCUUGUGCCAUUCUUUCGCCUGUUACGCCACCUGCAAACCCUUGCGGUGCGGCCAUAAACUCAGCUGCCGCAUCGAAUAUUUCCGCGUCUAUCACAUCUGCUGCCUGCGCUCUCCAGUUACCAUCCGUGACAUUAAGCAAGCAAGAUCUAAAAAUGGUUCUGGUUCCGUUGUUCAUCCUGGGACUGCUCCCAAAUUUGCUCUCCGCUCAUGUCCUGGAUACUCGCCAGGUGACAUGCGAGUUCGACGUGGCUGCCAGCAGCGGGGACACUUGCACAAGUUUUGCUGCUGAAUGGGGCAUGACAGAAGCACAGUUCCAGGCUCUGAAUCCAGGUGUCGCUUGCCCAACGACACUGGUACCCAAUCAGUCUUACUGUGUGUUGGGUUCAGUUUCGUCAGCUACGACGACUUCCCCUACUAGCACCACUACCACUACCACGACCACCAGCUCUACAUCCAUUACCACUACCACCACUCCCUCCUCUACUAUCACAUCUACCUUUGUUACCACGACAUCGAGCUCUUCUCCAUACCAGCCGACCCAGACUGGUCUCGCCUCUAACUGUAACGGUUUCUACCUGGUCUCAUCAGGUGAUACAUGCGAGGCAAUCGAAUCAAAAUAUGGAAUCAGUGCGCAAGAAUUUGCUUCUUGGAAUCCUGCAAUUAACUCUGGCUGCUCUAACCUUUUGUUGGGUUACUAUGUGUGUGUCAGCGUCCCCGGGGCGACUACUACGACCAGCGUCAGUACUACGACAACUUCGUCCCCAUACUCGCCCACUCAAUCCGGUCUUGUGUCUAAUUGCAACAAUUUCUACUUGGUCGCAUCAGGUGAUAGUUGUGCCACUAUCGAGUCCAAAUAUGGUAUAAGCGCGCAGGAAUUUGACACUUGGAACCCUUCCAUUGACUCUAGUACGAAAGACCACCUUCUGUCUAAUCUCGCUGCAAAUACUAACAAGAUCUAUUUUAUAGCCUGUGACAACCUCUAUCUCGGCUACUACGUCUGCGUUGGUGUUCCAGGGGCAACGACAACGACUAGCCCAACAGCCACGUCUACUGGGCCAACUCCCGAAAUGCCUAGCAUCGUGAGCGACUGCAGCAAAUAUUAUCUUGUGCAGUCCGGAGACGGCUGUGCGUCUAUCGAAGCAGCGAAUGGCAUUACACAAGCUCAGUUUCUUUCGUGGAACCCGGCUGUUGACUCCAACUGCGACAACCUAUGGUUGGGUUACUACGUGUGCGUAGGCGUUUGA